CCCAGAACACCAGAAACCACAAAGGCUCCAGUUGAGUUUUGAUUUUCAAGGAGAAAAGCCUCUGGUGAACUCUUUCUCGGCCUGCCGGCAGAUCCUCGGGUUCCUGGGCGGGGCUCUCCCCAGCCCCGAACAUUCCUGUGCACUUUGCAAGCUGCUCAUCUCCUGAAGACCUCGACUCAGUGGAUUAUAAUAAUUGAAAAGCACUGGGAGCUUGGGAAGAUUACUUUGUGUUGGGUGUGCGCUGGCAUUUCCAGGCUAACGGACAGAAUGUAGGGGACCCUUUGUUAUCCUUUGAAAGGAGAAGAUCAGAGUGGGGGAAAGGUGGCUUUAAAGUCUGGAUUAGGGGUCCUGCAAACCUUGCCUCCCAGCUCAGCUCAGAUCCUUAUAUAAAGACCUCAGAGCGCAGCGGACUUUGUAAGUCAGGGAAAGUUGCCUGGAAGCCUCGUCGGCCACCUGGCUUGGCUGAUUCCUCCCUGCACCCCCGAUCUCCGACGCAGCUAGACGGGGGCAUGGUGCUGUUGAUUUGGGGGUCUCCAGAUAACACUCGCGCCCGCUUGGACAUCGAGCCCUUUGGGGCCUCAUUUUUUUCAGCAAAGAAUGGAGGGCAGGAAGUCUGAUAGGAGCCUGAAAACAAUCCCGUAUCACCUAGCUGCUGCGUCCACGAGCGUGCCAGGGACUCGAACCCGGCUCUCGUUGGGAGAACCCUUCCGGGUCUCCUUCCACCUGGACAGAACUUACUGGGACCAGGCCUACUACCGAGGCUGCUCGGGCAGAUUCGCCUGCUUUCCCCUGCCGGGACAGCUUGGGGUGUUAGACUGCGCCUUCGAACCAGCCUUCAUCCAAAAACGGAACGAGAGGGAGAGGCAGAGGGUGCGCUGUGUGAAUGAGGGAUACGCCCGCCUCCGGGACCACCUCCCCCGGGAGCUGGUGGAAAAGCGUCUCAGCAAGGUGGAGACCCUCAGAGCUGCCAUUGGCUACAUCAAACAUCUCCAGAGUCUCCUGGACCGGCAUUCUCUGGGCGCUUGCGGCAAGGCCAAAGACGGGCCGACCCUGUCCAACCCUGACCCAAGAGCCGAGUGCAACAGUGACGGAGAAUCCAAGACCUCCUCGGUCUCUUCUCCGUACAGCGAGUCCGAGGUCUGCAGCUAGGAAACACCCCGGGGGAGUGACAUCACUUCUGGACCUCUCUCGUUCCCGUCUCCUGGUCCCAGCCUCAGCCAGGGAGCGUGCCUGUCGGUGUGCUUCCUCCUUCAGGCCGAGAGAGCCUUGAAAUGCCUCGGUGGGGUGGGAAAGGCACUUUGGUCCUCUGGCUCUGAGGAGUUCCUCCCUUGAACCGGCACCUUUUCCGGUGUAUCUUUUUCUGAAAAGCAGGGCUAAGAAAGCAGACAACCCAAGUCUGUGGGAGGGGAGGGAUGGAAAAUAGACUAGGAAAGGGGAAAAGCCGGGAUGACAGAUUCCUAGAAUCCAGCCUUGACUUUCACUCCUUUAAAGAAACAAACACCUGGAAAGUCCGCUCCUAAGGGACGCUGGAUGGGAAAUUGGAGGAGAUCCAAAGCUAUUUCUAAAAUGCCCUGAAAACGGGCGAUCCUUCCGAGGAGAAAUCCUGCCUGAACUCUCCUCGGUGUGAACGAGGCUCGGACCCUGAUGUGCUCCCGCUUUGGGUGACUGGGACCUAAAGCUCACAGGCCACAGCCUGCUGCCCAAGAGGACCCUGGAUGAAUACUGGAGGAGCGGGAGGGGGGCGCCUUUGACAAGGCGGCUGUCAGCAUCCCGCCUCGGAGCCCUUUGGAGCUGGUGGUACUGGCAGAAAAGAAAAGAGCCUAGACCGCGGAGGAUCUCUUUGGGAGAUGGGUGGGAUGUUUGAAGAUGGGGAAGAAAUCAAAAUCCAUGUGAAAACUGCCCUCCACCUUUUUUCAUCGAUCUCCCCUUGGGGGGGGGGGGGUCCUCCUUCUUGCUCUUUUCUCACUUUCCCGCCUGCUCCAUCUAAUUUUGGAUUAAAGUUGCCCGUGGUGACCACC